AUGGACUGGACAUCCUACAUCACACGCACGCCGCUGUCGCCCGAGAUGGUGCAGUCCAUCCACAGCUCGGACGAAGCCAUGUACCCAGCAGGCAUCCCCCUCGAGCGCCUCGAGGCCUGGGUUGCCGCGGCGCCGGAGCUGUCCAUGGCCCUGCACGCCGGCGACACACUCGUCGGCGUCGUCGUCGCGCUGCCGCUCGCCGUGCCGGCGUGGCGGGACCUCGGCGCGGGCACGCUGCGCGAGUCGGCCAUUGAUGCGGCGCGGGACGUUUCGCGGACCAAGGGCGACGCCGUCGGCGUGCAUGUGUUCCACAUUGAGAAGCUGGUCGAGGAGGUGCAGGGGUCCGCCGUCAAAGGCUUUGCGCGGUUUGCCGUCGACGAGUUGGUCAAGGCUGCGCAGGGGGAAGGAUACGUUGUCGAGGGGGUGUCCGCUCUCACGGCUACGGAAGAGGGGCGGCGAAGUUUCGAGAAGCUCGGUUUCGCGUCGAGUGGGUACAAGGAAGUCUGGGUCAAGUCUCCGUCAGGGGAUGGGCCGGCGGUACUUGUCAAGAGUGGGCCGGGGACGGCCGGUGGGAUCGACGAUGGCAAACAGUCGGACAUGGUCGUGGCUGAGGCGCGGAUGAUGGUAAGGAACGGCACGAACUAG